CUCCAACAAGCCGUCGUCGCCCACGAACUAGAAGAGUAACGCAUUAGCCCACGCGCCGCCUUGCUUCGAUUGCGAUGAGUGGAUACGAGCGGAAGAACACGACGAGGAACUCUAUCACCGUCACUAAGCGGAAGCGACGUCCGAUUUCGGAAUUAUCUGAGAAGGUAUUGUAUAGACAUGAGUCAAUAACCUUAAAACGUCACCUUCCUCUUGCACCGGGUUCUAGCCAGCGUUGUUGUAAACCAAUUAGACCUAGUAAAUCUUCUCGACGGCGGCGCAGAAGAACAAAGGAGAGAAUCUCGAGUUCCGGUGACCGCGAAUGGGUGUUUUCCGCAGCCAAUUUUGAAAAUCUCAAAGAUAAAGUAGUUUUAGUUUCGUACAAUCUACUUGGGGUUGACAAUGCGUUGAACCACAUGGAUUUGUAUUACAACGUCCCCCCGAAGCACUUAGAUUGGAGUAGACGGAAACAUCUCAUAUGCAAGGAGAUUAGUCGCUAUAAUGCAAGCAUCUUAUGUCUUCAGGAGGUUGACCGCUUUGAUGAUUUAUAUGGUCUUCUUAAAAAUAGGGGAUUUCAAGGUGUUCACAAGAGUCGGACUGGAGAAGCGAGUGAUGGUUGUGCUAUAUUCUGGAAAGAGAAAUUAUUUGAACUUCUAGACCAUCAACAUAUAGAGUUUGAUAAAUUUGGGAUGCGAAACAAUGUUGCUCAACUUUGUGUUUUAGAGAUGAACCAUGAGGAAUCUUCAGAGCAAACGUGUACAAGUCCUCGAAGGCUAGUGGUUGGGAAUAUACAUGUCCUAUUCAAUCCUAAGCGUGGGGAUAUCAAGCUAGGCCAGGUAAGACUCUUUCUGGAGAAGGCUUACAAGUUAUCAGAGGAAUGGGGAAAUAUUCCAGUGGCUAUUGCAGGUGAUCUGAAUAGCACUCCACAGAGUGCAAUCUAUGAUUUCAUAGCGUCAGCUGAUUUGGAUACACAAUUACACGACCGCAGGCAUAUUUCUGGCCAGUGUGAUGUGGAACCAAAUGAGAGGUCAUUUAGAAACCAUUAUGCAGUUAGUGCUGCAGUAUCUACAUCCGGAUCACUACCCAACGAUUGGAGCCAGGAAGAACUACAGCUUGCAACUGGUGGUCAAGCAACCACCCAUGUCAAACAUCAACUGAAGCUUCAUAGCGCAUAUAGUGGAGUACCUGGUACCCAUAGAACGAGAGAUCAACGCGGUGAACCAUUGGCAACAACAUAUCACUCCAGGUUCCUUGGAACAGUUGAUUAUAUAUGGCACACAAAGGAACUUGUUCCUGUCAGGGUUCUUGAAACCUUGCCAACUGAUGUUUUGAGAAGGACAGGUGGACUACCAAGUGAGAAAUGGGGAAGCGACCAUCUUGCUAUCGCAUGUGAACUGGGAUUUGUCAGUGACUGACGAGGAGACCAAAGGGUUACACCUAAAAUUUAACCCGACUCAUCUGACUUGGCCAUUCCUUGAGGCUUUUGCAAAAAACUAAUUGUUGUAUUAUGUAGUAACACAGUUUCUACUUUCUAUUGGCUAGUACCUACCAAAGACGUGCACCUACUCUCUCUGCUUUUUAAAAGUUAAUACCAAAAUUAUAUGUUUUCGGACGUGUA